CGUAUCGAUGUUUCCAUCGAUGUUUCUCCACUCUAAGCUACGUACAGCCUAGAUUUCAUCUACAUUUUAUAUACGAAUUUAUUGUUUUCCUGCGCCGUUAAUUGCAAUUACUGCACGGAAAUCAAGAGUCGCACCGUCGAGGAGUCCGCCUGUCGCACCGUUAGCCGCGAACGAGACGUGAAACGUGCCCCAGCAACUGCGCCGCGCGCGAGAGCGAGAGAGGGAAAGAGGAGCGGAAAAACAAGGAGGAGCUAGCUGAAAAGGCAGCAACAAAGAAGCCCAUACACACAUUCACCCACACACACACACGCACACAACAAGCGCACGGAGAGAGAGACUGCAGCUGCGGGCGCUCGACAAAGAGAGUAAAGCAUCGAUCGCGAGAGAGAAACUGUGACUGCAACUGUGACCGCGACUGCGACAGCGACUGUGACUGCGAGAGCGACUACGGCAAAUCGAAAACGGACGCCAAAUGACGGAAUACAAACUGGUGGUCGUGGGAGCCGGAGGCGUGGGCAAAUCCGCGCUCACCAUCCAGCUGAUCCAGAACCAUUUCGUGGACGAGUACGAUCCCACAAUCGAGGACUCCUACCGAAAGCAAGUGGUUAUCGAUGGGGAAACCUGCCUGCUGGACAUCCUGGACACCGCCGGCCAAGAGGAGUACUCGGCCAUGCGCGAUCAGUAUAUGCGAACCGGCGAGGGCUUCCUGCUGGUCUUUGCCGUAAACAGUGCGAAGUCCUUCGAGGACAUCGGCACCUACCGUGAGCAGAUCAAGCGCGUGAAGGACGCCGAGGAGGUGCCCAUGGUGCUGGUGGGCAACAAAUGUGAUCUGGCCUCGUGGAAUGUGAACAACGAGCAGGCAAGAGAAGUGGCCAAACAGUACGGCAUUCCAUACAUUGAGACAUCCGCGAAGACGCGCAUGGGCGUGGACGAUGCAUUUUACACACUGGUGCGCGAAAUCCGCAAGGACAAGGACAACAAGGGACGGAGGGGCCGCAAAAUGAACAAGCCGAAUCGUAGAUUUAAAUGUAAAAUGCUCUAAACGGCCUCGCAUCGGUUAUUAUUCACUUUUUAUUUCUUCAAAUGUCGCCUGAUUGUCUGUAUGUGCGUCGGCGAAUCGCCGAUCGUCUCGGGAUCGAUGGUUUGUCCAUUCUGGACAUGCAAUGCGAAAAACACACACAUGUGGCAGCGUGUUGGUCGGUGCAAUUGUCAGAUAAAAAGAGAGAAAUUGUAAUUAAUUUAAGUAACUAGAGUUUUAUGUACGUCAAAAUGAUUUUGUGAAUGUGUGUGUUUUGUGUCGUUUGAAAGGCUGCGAGGCGCCCUUUUAAGAGUAUUAACAAUAACAAGCAAACAAAAACGAACGAAGCAAAUCGAAAACGAAAAUGAAUAUGUACCUCUACAUAAAAACUAUGAAUACUGUUGUAACUGCCUUGGUUCAGCUGCUAUAUCCGUUUGUUUUCAACCAGCACUAAACUCGA